AUGAUCAGCAGGCCUCCCCGCCGCUCCCUCCGAUUGGCUGAGAGGGAGAGCAGGGCCGGCGUUGAUUGGUCAGAAGUGGCGGGGCCUUUGUCUGGAGUUCCUGUGUUGAUGGAGGACCAGCUGAUCAUGGAGAGCGGUCUGAAAAGGCCCCUCAGCCUGGAAACGAGAGAGCAGCUCAAGGAACGACUGGCCCUGCUGAAGAAAGAAUAUGCAAAGACGGUGUAUAAGUUGCAGUGUGCAGAGAAAGCUGAGAGGAUACAGAAUCAUGUUAAAAAAAACAUUGCACAUCAGAACCGGCUGCAGGAAGAACAGAGCACAUCGCAGCUGACAGUGGGAAAUGAAUAUCCCUCUAUUUUGGGGACAUAUUGGUCCAGCUCUCCUUUUAAGGAAAGUCGAGUUCCAGCAGAAGAAAGCAAGGAAAAGAAUUCUACCAUAACCUUCAGCAUUGAGCCAGAAAUUAUUAAGCAUUCAAAUGAGUCUUUAAUGGGCACCUGCGAAAGUGUUGACUCUUCAGCUCAACCCUGCAGUCCUGCAGCUGAAGAAAUUAAUCCCAUCACAAGGACAGAAGGAGGAGUUCAAAGUCGUCUGAAACUAAGAAAAAAGAGGUCAUGCAAAGUAUUGAAAAGAGAGUGUGAAUUAACCAGUGAGUCAGAUGAACCUUUGGCUGCCAGUGGAGAGCCUUGUGUUAAAAAAAUGGAAACAGUGGAUCCACUCAUCAGUAACAGAGUUAUCAAUGUCCCCCAGAUUCUUGAUAGAUGUGUUGAAGAGAACACAAAGCUCGAUGCACUCCUCCAAUCUGAGGGGAACUCAGCACUGUUAAUGAAUGGAGCACAGGAAAUAGAAGAUAAUUGUGUGAUUACACCCAACACAAGACUAGCAAGUGACUCUAAUUCUCACUGUCCUGAAGGCAAGUCCUCAGGAGGGCUGAUGUGCAAUAAUGAAGCUUGCUCUUCAGCAGUGCCGACUGAAGAUGCUACGCUGCCAGAAGCAAAGCCAAAUUGCUCUAAGGACCCUAGUGAAGCUUCUGAAUCCAACCUUAAGGAUGAGAGAGUUGUAGCAGAACCAGGUGAGCAGCAAGCAGCUACCACUGUGUGUAAGUCUCCGGGAGAUAGCCCACUGAAGUCUUGUACACUUGUUGAAGGACUUAUCUUUCCUGUCGAGUACUACGUUCGGACCACUCGCCAAAUGGCCAGUUGUCAGCGACAGGUGGAUCUGGAUGCAGUGAUUCAUAACCAGUUGGGAAAGUCCAGAAAUGGGGGGAAAGGAAGACCCAGGAAAUCCACGCAUAACCAGAGCAGUCCUGUAGAAGGCACCCCAAAGGGUGAAGCAGAAACCUGUGAUACGUUGUUACUUUUUAAUAAUCGGGAAGGUGGUGCCAGAGAAUCUGGUUCAACUUCCUUGCAGCCUACCCUGCAAGAUCGUUGUAAUGUGAGUGAUAAUUCCCAGAACACUAAAUCAAGCCAAAGGAAAGGAAGAAAAAGAGGUAGAAGAGAAAGUACUAAGUUCCAGCUGACUGAUUUUCCACAGAAGUCUGUGGAGAAGAAUUCAAAUGACCACAGAGUUCCCAGCGAUGUUCAGAUUGCUCUGCCUUCUGAUGUUCAGGGUGAAAAUGACGUCAAGAGGAAUGAAAUUAAUACAUGCCAGACAAUGCCUGACUCUAAUGAACUCGAUGGAGAAACUGAAAAUAACAUGGAUAGUCAUCACUUUUCAGGGACUACUAACUUCACUCUGAAGAAUUCCAGCCCAUUGCAAAACAAAGCCAAUGAACAAGUAGAACCACUGCAGAAAUCUAACGCAAUUCAGACUAAUGAUGUGUUGAUAAAACCUUGUAAAGAAGACACAAAUGAUCUGUUGAUAGCACAAGUUAAAUCUGCAGUGAGUAUGCCUGAGCUAUCAAGCACAAAUAGUGAUAUUGACAGUCAGGACAUGAUCCCGGAAACUCAGCAGGAUUCUUCCGAUGACACUGCCUUGAAGCAGCGUUUAAAUGACACAAGGUGGUCACUUCCAUUGGGGGUUGGUUUGGACCAAGAGCAGACAGAGUUGCCAGUGUCUCAGUCCAGGAGGAGAGUGAAGCUCUCAGGAGGUAAUAGCUAUCGUAGAACACAUGGAAGUUCCAGGAAGAUCACUAAGAGAUCUAAAUACAGGACACUAGUGUGUUCAGAACCAUUACUCGCUGUUAAAAAAACUAUUGUCAAAAGGUUAUUUCACAACCAGGAAGUCCAAGAUUUUGACCUUCCAGAGGAGGAUUACGGUCAGCUUAAAGAAAAGCUAAGAACAGAAGCAUUAAAAAAAUCUCUCGUGGAGAAGAAUAAUUGGGACACAGCGCCCGGAAAAGGAUCAUGUGCACUAGAAACUACAGAGAACAUUGAGGAAUCCCACCCACAAACGUCUCUGUGUUGCACGGAACUUUCCAGGACCCCCGAAAGGCCAGAGAACAACAUUAACUCUCACGUUCAGAAAAUUCCAAAAAACACAUCUGGCCGUACGCCAUCUUCCAGCAUUCUGCUUUCAACUCCACAGGCUACGAGUGACCAUCAACAUGACCAAUAUGCAGGUAGCCCUGCAUUCCCUUCACUUGGCUUCACUCCUGUCUCCGGUGCCUCUGGGUGUUCUCCAGUAUUUUCCCAAAGGAGUUACGGAAACUCGAGUUCACCUCAAACUGCCACAUUGUUACACGGGCUGGAAGAUGUGGGGAAUUGUGAACAGAGAUCCCGGUCAACUGUUGGAAAAGCAUCACAGCCACAUUUGACUCAGCCCUCUCCGACAAUAAAGGAAGGCAGUCCAUGUGCUUUCUCUGGAAGGGAUCUUUUAAAUAAUAAGGAUGAGGAGGAGGACCUCAACUACAAAUGUGGAACGAUCGUCAGCCAACAAGAGAUGCCAAGUGGUGAUUAUACCGAGGAAGUUUCAAAAGUGGUCGUUGAAGAGAAGGAUGAUGGCUUGUCUCCAGCUCUUGCCACCAUGAAAUUAGAGCAAAAAUUGGAAAAGCGGGUGUUACAAUUAAUCUCCAAGAUACAGAAUCCGUCCACGUCCUGCAUUAUUGAUUUGUGCACGGUAUUUUGGACUGUGAAAGAGACCAGAACUUUGUGUAUUGCCUGUGCCUGUGAAACAGCAGUGUUCCUGUGGGCCCCACAGCAGCUGAACCAGUGGAUUAACAUCGGUACUUGGACCUUUGAUAAGGUUCCCAUAAUUGAACUCAUCCCCAUCCCAGAUGCUGUGAACAUUCUGUGUGUGGCCUUUGGAAGCCUGGAGAUAAGGGAAGUGAAGGUGUUACGCUCUACAGUAAAAGGCUGCUUGGAACACACUCUGCUGCAAGCAGGAGAUAUAAACGCAGUGCUGGGGCUGCCUAGGAGGAGGUUGGUCUGCUGUUAUGGCACACUUCAGAGGCAAAGCAUAGAACUGAACACCCUCUCCGAGGAAGGAAGGAGUGAGCGAUGUAUGCAACUUGUCCCACCCAAUGAGAUGGUUCUGGCUUUUAGCGAAGUUGAAGGACAAUCAGAAGCUUUGAUUGGAUCAACUAUAAUGAGCAACAUCAUCAUUUGGAACUUGAAAACUGGGCACCUGCUCAAGAGGAUCCAUUUAAGUGAGAGCUACCCUGGCACUGUCUGCCAGAAGGCCUAUUCCCAGUCUGGAGUAUUGUUCAUUACGCUCAGUCAUCGAUACAUUGGGACCUGCGAAGGAUCGGUUGGAGGACAAGUCUGUGUUUUGAGAACGGUUGGCGUUAAUCCCAUGAAUGGGAAAAGUAGACCAGUCAUGUCAUAUACCAUCCCUGUGGAAUGCAGUGGGAGGUAUGUUGAUGGAGGUGUGAAGGGCCAGUCCAUUGCCGCAAUUGUAACUCCCGGAACCCUGGUACUUUGGGAUGUACUGUCUGGCAACAUCUCAACCAUUCAUCAACCCAGUGGGGACUGGUCACUAUUUUACUGGGCAGAGGAGGACUCGUGUCUCCUGGCCAAAAAGAACGAUAGCACUGUGUAUGUGUACAAAUGCUCAUGAAGCAGAACAGAGUGAAUAUUUUGCUGGCUCAAGAUUAUACAGCAUAAACUGGGUUAUAAUUUCUGUAUCUGAAACCUGUGUAUAUUCUUUUUUGGAUGACAAGCACCAAAAUUCUGCAGGACAAAUAAGACUUCAGUGUGAACUAAGUGACUUGUGGUUUAUGUGCACAAUGUAAUGUUUGGAUUGAUUUGCUGAGUUCUGUACAGUGCCAUUUUGCUACAGGGGUGUGCUGCAAAUUGCUGGGAUUAUUUCUGUAAAAAUGUCAGUAUACUUCAGUGCAUAACUAUUUAAUAUUUAUGUUUAGAUACGAAGAUUUGUUUUGUGUUUAACUGCUGUAGUUAAACUGUUCCUUUCCAAAUGCACUUGUAGGGUAGUCCUGGGUGAGCACUAUAAAUUGUUUUGACAGGUGGUAAACAAGCAGGUUAUAUUUUCCUCUAGGUCACUGUUGAUAGACAUAAAGUUGGAAAAUCUGAGUUGUUUUCCUAUCCAGUAACAGUAAAGCCAGCCUUGAUUUAUUUCCAUGUGGCUGUUUUGGCUUGUUGCCUGUCCCAUUAACAGAGAUCGAUCUUUGAAAAGUUGGCACAGGUCACUUGUUUCCAAACCUGGAGUAACUGUACUUAAUUAAGUAUAAGAUAAAUAAGAGAUUAUGAUGUUGCAAAUCUGUAUUUAAUAAAUAAAGCUAAUCAGUUUCUAUUAUGCACUUUAUAAAUAUUGAAUAAAAACAUCAUUGGCCAAUAAAGUGGGGAUCAUAUGCAGAAAUUAUGUUCUUAAUACCAUUUAGCUUGCAGUAGUUUGGAGCCAUUCUUUCUGUACAUAUUGGAACAUUUUAACCUAAUCUUUCUGUAACCUCUCAUCAUUGUUUGGGUUUUCUGAAUUAUUUGGCCACAGUUUACGAAGAUCUACUCACAUUUUCAGUUGUAUGUACAGCAUAGAAUGCCUCUGGUCAAAUCAAAACUUUAUAAUUGUAUAGUCUCCAUACGCCAUGUUCUACAGAAUGCUGGGUACCGUGGCUGGAAAGCUCCCACGUUGCUCCGAGUGAGGGGAAAUUAACUGACUGCAGAGAUUCCCUUUGGAAACAGCACAUCAAGGUAGCAAGGACCAUCAGAAACCCUACUCAAAAGUGGGGAAUUGAGGGACAAGCCAUGUAACCAUGGCAACCACAAGUACUAAAGUGCAAUAUUCCACAGAGAUGUAGAGCUGCUAACCCAGAGCAAUAUUCAUAAGAUCAAUUACUGAAACAAAUUUGCAAAUCAUUAUGAAUGAAGGAAGGAUUACCUUGGAGUUUUGAUGUGUCGGUGAAGGUUCCAAACACUAAAUGACACCUCCAAGAGGAAGUGGAGUGGCAAAGUAUCAAAUUUAAUCAGCCACUAAACUGUUGCAAGAGAAAUUAAUCAGCUUUGGGAUCAUUUCUGGUAACAGGGUACUGGGCUGCUGGCUAUGGCAUUUUUGGUAGCAAUGUUGCCUCUGAGUCAUACUUAAGAAAAUUAAACACAAACGUUUAGGGUAAUAUUGUAGAGCAUGACUGAAGAAGCGCUGCCUUCCAGUUUGCUGUUAGACUGAGGUUCAUUUCCACGUACAACUCUGAUUUGAAGAACAGGAUUUUUUGCAGUAUUUGGAUGAUUAUACUACAAGCAACAUUGCUAAAAGGUUUCUAGUUAUAUUAUUUGUGAUGAAUAGCUUACUGUAUUUCCUAUAUAACAUCAAUGACUGCAUUUCUGAAGCACUCAUCUGGCAAGUGCUUUUAAAUUUUUGAGGCUGUAAUAGGCACUGUAUUGAUAGAAGUCUUUCUUUGCUGUUCUCAGCUUGAUGACUGGAUCUGCUGUUUGUUAUUUAACAGAUAAAACUUUCUAUGGUUGAUAAUGAAAUAAAAAGGGAAAACAUCAAAAUACAAAGGACAAAAUGAAUUGUAGUAAAAGAAAUGGUAAUAAGACAAGAUCCAAUAUUAUCUGAAAUAUAAAAAAAAUUGCAUGAACUAAUAAUCUUAAAAGCAAUAGUUAAAAUGUAUGUGUAAAGAAAAAUACUUUGUGUUCAAUUUUAGAAAGGUGUUUUCUUUAACUUUUUAUUACAUAUCUUUCAAUAACCAGCAUAUGAUUUACGACAUAAAAUACUCACAACACCAGACUCCAAUUUCAAAGAACAUUUUCCUUUAUACAAGCUGGACCUUUGAAAGGACUUCCUGUUCUGAUUGGGUUAUUUUUAAUUUCAAAUACAUUUCUUAUCAUAUGUAGUGUGAAUACAUUCAGUUGACAUAAAGCACCCUUACAGACUUUUGAAGGAUAGAUAUUUGCCCUGGCCAAAGGGUACAGAACUAAAGUGGAGCAUCUGCAUUCUCUAAAUCAGGGAGAAACCCAUUUAGGAAUGAAAUGAGGAAGAACUUCCUCAGUCAGAGGAUGUUGAAUUCCUGGAAUUCUUU